AGCCAGUCAGACUCGGAAGAUGGUGAUAACUGCGAUUCAUGUUCAGGAGACGAAAUGGAAAACCAAGAAUGCGUUGAAAAUGAUGAAAAUAUACAAAAAACAAAACAUAAAGGUCUACGAGUAAACUUCGAUCAUUUAUCUAUAGUUUCAGAAGAAAAUACAACCAAUAGUGAUUCAACAAAUGCGCACGAUGAAUGCAGUGGUCGUUCUGACCAGAAUUCAUCUUCUAAAUAUGAUGCGACGACGGAAUUAACGAGUGAAUCUACAACAACUGGCGACACAGUUUUAUUAAACGGUGGGUGGGAUUUUAGUAUUGCAAGUAAAGCUCACCCAAAUCAAAAUCCAGAACAAAAUGCAUUGAUUUUGCAAUCUAGUGAUUCUGUUGUGAAUAAUAUUAAUCCGGAUUGCAGUCCCGAUACUUCGAAUCAUAUGAACAGUCAAAUUCAAAACUACAUUUCUACUCCAUCCACUCACGACGGAAGUGGUUAUGCGCGCGGAGGACCCGAUAUUUUUGUACAGAAUUUUCAUAAUGCAUCAUCAUCGGUGCCUAAAACGUGCCAAACAAUUUGUUCAUUCCAAACGCAUGGAAAUAUUGAAGAGCUAUUGAAAAAUAUAGAACAAGCCCCUGGCGAUGUACAAUUCCAGCCCUUCGCGACUGAGAUUGCACACUCUGAAUCUAGUAAUUUAACUCGCUACAGAUCAGAGAUAAACGUUUUUUUGCAAAAUUCGCAAGAAGUUGCAACACCACCUAUCAUUCCAGAGCCCAUGAUGCUACUACCAAAACUUUUACCAUAUAUAGGUUUCGAAAAUUUGGUUGACUUGCCAAUUGUCUCAAGUGGUCUAGAAACACCCCAACUGCAAACACCUAUUGUAAUGAACGCUCAGGCAUCUAAUGGGAUAUUACCAUCUUCUACUUCUACACAUGUUAUGGAUAAUGCUUCGAUUCCUGCAUCUCCACCAUGCGAUGUAGAAAAACCAAAUAUCUCAAAUGCAAUCGAUGCAAGUGAAGCAGCGCAGAAUGAGCAAAACUCGGAGCAUUUAAAAAUUAAAACACAAAGUCCGGCAACCCGCAGAAGAUUAUAUUCUGCAAAUAAUAAAUUGUCGGUAAACAACGAUCGCAGCGGUCCUAUGCCUCCCGAUACUUAUCAUGCAAGUAGGCAAAGAUUAGGCAGUAUUAGUAGUUCUUCUGAGAAAAAUGAACUGAAAACUGAGCCUGCUAAGAAGUCGAGAAGAGUAUCAAUAUAUUUCAGCGGCCGAAAAAAGAACAGCAGUAAAAAAAAUCAUAGUAAGGAUCCGCCAGUUGUUCCUGGAGAAAUAAACGAUCAUCCCAAGAUCACAGAUAGUAGGAGAAUGUCGAAAUUGAAAGUAAGUGAUUCGUGUCGCAGUACAAGUAGUAAAACUUCUCGAAAAGGCAAAUCCGUUCACGAAGGUUCUGGACCACACAGUAGCAUUUAUUCGACCCAAGAAAGUUGUCCAGAAGGCACGACGUCGCAUUCUGAGCGUAACAGCGUAGCUUCAUCUCGAGAAUCUUCCACGAGUUUGAGCAUGAGGUCUCACAGAUCCCAUCGAAAGUUGUCGGCUGGUUCCAUGCAUAAUGGUAACAUUCCUUGGUGCGGCUGCUGGGGUAAUGGGUGCUUGUGAUGCCAGUAAGUUCAAAAGUGGUGAACUCUUUCGCACUACAGACUCUGUUUUCAAUUUGCCAGAGAAAAAUUUAUUGUACAGAAAUACCCCGCUCAAAUCGGGGGUUACGUUCCAUUAAACUAAAGCGUAAAGCAAAACAGCGCUAAACGAGACUUUCUUAACAUGUUAAUAAUGGGGUUAGGGAUAACUGGACAGAAAAUUGACUAUGUAGUGAAGAAUUUAAUAAGUGGAUACAGCAUCUACAAUUCAUCGUCUCGCUUUUGGCAAAAUUUGGAUCAUUUUCAACAAAUGUGUCCAUAAUUUCGGUUAGCAAUAUUUACAAACUAAAUGGAAAGUUCUAUCAAUAUUUUUGAUUUCUACAUUGCUUCUGUUCACAAUUAGAAGUACUAGCUGCUAUUUUUAUUUUAACUGAUUUUACAUCAUUCAUAUUUACCUAAUUUAAACCGUUUUUCGCUAUUUCCACAAUUUCCCCAUAAUUUGGAAAAUCCCCGGAUAGAAAAAAGAGUGCUAAAUCGAAAAAGCGCCGAUCGAA